AGCGCCACUCGCCUUGCGCAAGCUACAAUACGUCAAUAUACAAACAAGAGGUGUACUGUCUAGAACGUAUAUGUAUAGCUUAGGAUGAUAGCGCCAGCCAGUACUGCUCCGCUCAGUUUGCGAACACUGCUUGUGUAAUUCGAGGCCGAUUGUGAAUGCAAUCCAUACUAUAAUUUUAAUAUUGCCGCGAGUUUUAACUAUGACAGAUUCGAGUGAUGUACGUAAAAUAAAUAAGUUCAUGUUUAGUUCAGUGAGUUGACGUUUGAGACGAAUCAAUUUACCGUGCCUAUUAAAAUCUGCAGUAAAAAAAUUGUGUAUCGUUUACAUUAUUGAUAAAAAUGUGCGGAUUGUUAAAUAUCAUACAAUUUAGUUUCCAUCAAUGCCGGGAUCAGAGACGCUUUAUUCAGAUAUUUAGAUCGUAAAAUAAAAUAAAAAACUAAUUCAAAAUACCCCCAUUGCCUUCACGGUAUUAUAAAACUACAAAUGAAUUUUAUUAACUGCCGAUUUUUCAAAAUGCCUUCCUACAAUCAAGAAAUCAACGUGGAUCUCAAUUCUAAUGAAAAUGGUGCCUUGAAGACUGAUGCCAAAGAUGGCAAAAUCGAUGAGAGUCGGUAUAUGUCGGGCGAACAAGUCCCGAAUAAUGCGCCGGUGGGAUUGAAUGCCGACCAGAGGCUAGCUUUUGCUUUGAGGGACUUUUUGAGUCCAUCGAAUACAGCCCUUAGUGAUGGAGAGCCAUCACCGUCUGCCCUUUCGCAGACACUGCCUUUCAUAGAUGAACAGGUAGAUGAGGAGGAGGCCACGCACUCCGAAGAGGAGCAGACACAGUGCCGUGAUACUGAGGACGUGUUAAACAACGCCGCUUGCCGCCUCAGGCGGUGGCGUGCAGCGUCAAGGAAGCUGCGCCGGCCGCGGAUCAUUAAUAACUUGAGCUCCAAAGAUGAUAAGGAUGGGAACAUAAGCAAAGUAUGUAACGGUGGUCACACGGACCUGGCCGACCGGCUGCGCAGCCUGGCAGCGGCCGGCAGCAUGUCUGCCUCGGCCGGCGAGCUACUGUCCCUGGCUCCGCCGCCGCCAGCCGCCACCGCUCCACCCUCGCCUGGCUGUCUGCUCUCACCAUCCCUAGCAGAUCAGAGUUCUGCAGAAUAUUUCGGUUCGAGUCCUGAAUGCUGUGCUGACAAUGCAGGCCUGGACUUAUCCAACAGCGCCGGCACGCCUGCACCCCCUCCAGGGCCAAGAUACAAACUGGCCACGGAAGGCUCCCUCAGGGUCUGCUGCUUCCAGCACACCAGGACUGUAGUAGACAAGAUCCUUGCAGCCAAGUUCCUCAGGCGAUGGGAAACCCACGUGCUCUGCCUAGACGAGCAACGUAUUAUUUCUAAAACGCCUUCCGGGCUGCUGGAGCACCCGCUAUCGUAUAGCUGUAUGCAGGAGGUGUACUGCAUCUCGCGUUGGGACCCUGCCAGGAAGUACUGCCUCAGAAUAGUCAUGCCUCAUGGCUCGCUACUUCUACAGGCAAACGACGCAUAUACACGGGACCAAUGGUUUCAUUCCAUUAUAUGGAGGAGAAACAUGAUAAGGUACAGAAAUUUCCUAACAAAGACUGUGAGAAAAGAGGUCGUGCUGAAAGAAUUGAAGAAUAUGGUAGACUUCGUCAUGACCACUCCUUUACAAGAUGAAAGUGUUACUCGGGCGCCUUUGCAGAUCCUCACCGAUUUACUCUCUGAGAAUAAGGAAAGUGACGACUGGGAGGAGUGGGCAGAGAAGGUGACGAGCGUUGCGGCGCCCCUGUUAGCGGAGCGGUGUGCUACGGGCGAGCUGUGUGCCUUGCUGGCGCGGCUGUGUCGGCGGCGGCCGCGGGCUGCCCCGCUGCCGGCGCUGGCGCCGCCCGUACGCCGUGUGCUCACGCGCAAUGUCGACUUUGCGAGAGCCCCUAAUGCCAGGCGGCUUGUUAGAGAUUAUAUCAGUGCUCUGAGCGCGCACAACUCAGGCAGUUCCCUGGUCCGUCGUUUCGUGGAGGUGACGCACGGGAACCGAGCGGCGUGCCCCUACCCCAGAGCUGCUCCGAACCUGGCGGCCGUGGCCCUCGCCGCUCUAGACGACCACUACCGCGACUCUGCUACACCGCACGUCUGCGAUGACACUGAGGAGGAAGUCUUGUGCUUUGCUGACAUUUUGGAGCAUAUGUGCGAGUAUGAAGAUUGGCUCGUAGUGGUUGGUGCCGUACUGCAACCAGUUCCAUUGUGCGCUGGUGCAAUGAGUUGCCCACGUGUUGCGAAACGGCUGGGCAAACUGCUGAACGCAUUAGCCCAUGACCCUCGCUGUGCCGCUCAUGCAUGCGUAGCUCCCGCCCGAGCCGCUAGGCUCUGCCCACCGUCAUGGCUGAGAGCAGCCGCACCAUCAGACCCGCAACUGGCACUGCCUAAUGAAGACUUGUGUCAGAUUUGGGGAGAUAUGCUUGGAAGUCUAUUAAAUUGUUGCUGUAAAAGGAAAAGUUUUCUACAGAGUAUGAGCAAACAACUGCCCGAUUUUGUUCUGGUCGCUCUAACUGCUCACCCAGGUGCUAUAGAGGCUCUAUGUUUAUUUUUGGAGUGGGAAGUGACGACUGGCGAGCAAACUCAGUUAGAAAUCAUUGCUGCUCUGCAAGGCACCGAGCUUGGCCAGAAGUAUUAUAAGGAUUUGUGUGAAAGACAGCAGAACCUUCAACGACUGCAAUCCGAAGGUGGUCCUCGGCGUCUAGCGCUGCCGGUCCGCGCGACGGACGCUGACGUCGCCGAGCUGCUGGCCGCCGGUGCCCUCGGCAACCUCGAGUGCCUCUCGCUCGCCUUCACUAGCGUCACCAGUGCCUGUGCUCAUCACCUCAUUAAGUUGCCAUCUCUUCGCUACUUGAACCUGUGGGCUACAAAGUUCGGCGAUAGUGGUGUGCAGCUAAUUGCUGAGCAUCUUCCAAAGCUUCAGGUCCUCAACUUGUGCGAAACGCCUGUCUCGGACAAGGGAAUAGAGGCAUUAUCAGGUCUCUCGAACUUACGGCGUCUAAACCUGAACAGCACCAAGUUGUCGGCCGAGGCUUUCGAAGUGCUGCGGCAGCGCCUGCCCCACCUCCAGGAGUACGACAUUCGCUACACGGAGGCGUGGUGACAGCGGGCUGCCGCCAGGACACCUUCCACUUCCACCAUAUAAAUUCACAUACGAUCUCAAUACGCUUUAUCCCAGUAUUAGAAUGUUCAAUGAAUUUUCACGAAUACCAAAAAUAUCCAAACUCCCGAAUAUUAUUAAGUUCACAUAAUUCUAUUACCUAAUUCAUAUCAAUACUACCUACUAAAUAAAUUCACUUUUUUAUUAUUUUCUACGUUAAUCAAAUUGUUAUUUUUUUUCAAUCCUGAUGCUGAUAUUAUUACUGUGUGUUAUAACUUUUAUUAUAACAUUGCAUUUUGAAUAUUGCCAGGAACAUGAUGCCAUAUUAAAGUUAAAAUUAGUUUUGUUCGCCGACUACUCCGUUCUUUUAUCAGCCUCUAUUGGAGAAUUUAUUCGAAUAAAACAUUAGGUGAGUUAUGUUUUAAUUAUUUAGGGUUAAGUGUAUACCUACUCGUGCAGAUUAAGUCGCGGUCCAAUUAUGUUCUACAUUCUCAUCUUUGGGCUAAAAGUCAAACGAGCAUUUGUGUUAGUUUAAACUUAGUUUUAGAACCUAAUGUUACUGAAAUAUAAACAUUUAGGUCUGCCAUGUAAACAUGUAAACGCUUUAGGGUAACGACAGCCACUAUGUGUUAUUUAUAAGAUUAUUUAUUUAUUUUAAACACCAGCAUUGUAGAUGUAAGUACGUUAUAGUUAGAAAUAAUGCAUUAAGUAUAGUAUCGUGGAAUAAAUGAAAGGACUUGAGUCAUUGGGCUGUGAGAAAGAGAACCAACCGGUAAAUCUAUAGAAGUAAUGUCGAGGAGUGAAAUAAUUGUUUUUUUUACUUGCAUUAUCUGUUACUAGCAUUAUCCCUUUUAACUACAUAAAUCAAUAUUUUAAAGAGUAGACGAUUUAUCCGUAAAUUAUGUAAGUUAAUGUAAUUCAUUGCACAAUUUUUUUGAUUAAUUUAUUACUGCCAUUGGUCUAUAAUUUGUAAGGGUUGAUAAACAUGUUAAUUAGAUGGUAUGUGUUAUAAUGAUUUCCGGCCUAAGUCAAUAAUUUUACAACACCUUAAUAAAAUAACCCUAAACUAAUUAAUUAACUAAUGAGCACAUUUUAGUGACAGUGACACAUCCAUUAUACAUUUUAAUGAUUCAGUAUUUUGUAAAUUCGGUAUUUUAUUCAAUGCUAAAAUUUACAUCAUUAGAAGAUAAGUAAUAAAAAUGAUCGAUUCUUUAUAGUAGAUAUGUCGUAGCCAUCUGGUUAAAAUAGACGUGCAAUGAAACAGCUACAAUUUUGACCGAAAGAAAAAGCAGUCAAUUGGCGAAUCAAUCAGCUAUAUUGUUGAUCAAUUUGAGCGCCUUAGUUAUUUAAUUUUAAAGCUAGACGUGUGAUUGAAUGUCGUUGUUCAUUCAAAGAUCCAGCUGUUCUAUUAAAUAGCUAUUUGAACCAGCUAGCUGUGACUGAUAUAUUGGCAGUGUCGUGUCACCGGAAUAAGGCCGGAAACUGUUUGUUAGAUAACACUAAAUGAUCCUAUAUAAAUACAAUCAUAUUGACAUUAGAAUAGCACCCACAAUGCUAGAUGUGUAUUGCGCUAUUUCACAAUUGUAAUUUUGUCUGACAAUAUCCCUACGAAAUCGAAAAAUCUUGCACACAAGUAGAAUGUCGAGAUGUGUACUGAAUUACUGUUAUUGAAAUUAUGUCAUAUAAAGAGAUACAAGACUUAUCCACCGUGCGAAGGCAGAAGUGUGAGUUUUUAAUAAAACAUAUAAAAAUAUUA